AUGCAGGGAAUGGAUUUUGAGGAUAAGAAGUCCAAGAGGUAUUGCAUGAAGAAAAAGCAUGUGGCCAUCAUCUGUGCAGUAGUGGCUGCGGUAGGUUUAGCUGUGGGACUUGGCGUGGGAUUAAGCAGACCUGAGCCUUGCCAACCUUCCGGAGGCACAGAACAGCCAGCAACCACUACUCCUGGGACAGUGGAGACACGCCACUGCCCUCCCAAAAAUGAUGCAAAUGGAGACUGGACAGAUUUCAGGCUACCCACUUACAUUAACCCAGAACACUAUGAGCUGGAAAUGAAGCCUGUGAUGGAUGCAGAUAUCUACACAGGGACAGUCAACAUCUCCAUCAAGUUGGGGAAACCUACCAAGUACUUGUGGCUUCACCUCCGAGAGACCAAGAUCACAGAGCUGCCCAUGCUCUGGAAAUCCUCAGGGCAGCAGAUUGCACUGAUCGAAUGUUUUGAAUAUGAACAACACGAAUAUGUGGUGAUGGAGGCAAAAGAGAUGCUCUCUGCUACUACUGCAAAUGACAACUAUAUACUAACCCUGAAGUUCCAAGGCUGGCUGAAUGGCUCCCUCGUUGGAUUUUAUAGAACCACCUACACUGAGAAUGGAGUGACCAAGAGCAUAGCAGCUACUGAUCAUGAGCCAACAGAUGCACGGAAGUCGUUUCCUUGCUUUGAUGAGCCCAACAAAAAGGCAACUUACACCAUAUCAAUCAUCCAUAAAGAACCAUUCAAAGCACUCGCAAACAUGCCCGUAGAGCAAACGGUUCAAGUGGGUGAUGGCUGGAACAGGACAACUUUUCAGAAAUCUGUCCCAAUGAGCACAUAUUUGGUGUGCUUUGCUGUGCACCAGUUUGAAUGGGUAGAAAGAAAGUCUGCCAGUGGAAUUCCUCUCAGGAUAUAUGCACAGCCACAGCAAAUACACACAGCAGAAUAUGCAGCAAAUGUUACUAAAGUUGUAUUUGACUACUUUGAGCAGUAUUUCGAUAUGAACUACUCUCUUCCAAAAUUAGAUAAAAUAGCUAUUCCAGAUUUUGGUACUGGUGCUAUGGAAAACUGGGGUCUGAUCACUUACAGAGAAACAAACCUACUUUACGAUCCCAAAGAAUCUGCUUCGUCCAACAAACAGAGAGUGGCAGCUGUGAUUGCCCAUGAGCUCGUUCACCAGUGGUUUGGAAACAUUGUGACCAUGGACUGGUGGGACGACUUGUGGCUAAAUGAAGGAUUUGCCAGUUACUUUGAGUUCCUGGGAGUAAAUGCUGCAGAAACUAAUUGGCAAAUGCUUGAUCAGGUGUUAAUUGACGACGUGCUGCCUGUGAUGAAGGACGACUCCUUGUUGUCUUCUCACCCUAUUGUGGUCAGUGUGUCAUCUCCAGCUGAAAUAACAUCUGUAUUUGAUGGCAUAUCAUACAGCAAGGGCGCAUCAAUUCUCAGAAUGCUUCAAGAUUGGAUUACACCAGCAAAAUUUCAAAAAGGAUGUCAGGAGUACCUAAAGAAAUACCAAUUCCAGAAUGCAAAGACAGAUGAUUUCUGGGAAUCCCUGGCACAGGCAAGUGAUAAGCCAGUGAAGGAAGUGAUGGACACCUGGACCAGGCAGAUGGGAUACCCUGUAUUGAGUGUGGAAGCUAAUUCGAAGGUCACACAGAGACGUUUUCUGUUGGACCCCUCAGCAAAUUCUUCUGAACCAACCUCUGCACUAGGUUACACAUGGAAUAUCCCAGUGAAAUGGCGUGCUGGGACCGAAACAAAUGUUACAUUCUACAAUAAGUCAGUAUCUGCAGCCACAGGAAUUACUAUAACACCCAGCAACCCUGAUUCUUUACUGAAAAUAAAUCCAGACCACAUUGGAUUGUAUCGUGUAAAUUAUGAAACACAAACUUGGAACAACAUAAGCAGAUUAUUGGCUAUCAACCAUACGUCUUUUUCUUCUGCUGACCGUGCCGGGCUUCUGGAUGAUGUGUUUUCUUUGGCAAGGGCUGAACUGUUGAAUUAUGCUGUUCCACUGAAUCUAACAAAAUAUCUACAAAAUGAAGAGGAUUAUUUACCUUGGCAUAGAGUUAUAUCAGCUGUAUCUUACCUCAGAGACAUGCUUGGAGAUGAUAUAGAGCUCUACCCCAGGUUUAAGACAUACUUUCGCAGUCUGGUUAAACCCAUUGCAAAUAAGCUGGGUUGGAACGAUGAUGAAACUGGAAGCCAUGUGAUGAGGCUUCUUCGUGCAGAUGUUUUAGGAUUUGCAUGCAGCAUGGAUGACCAGGAUGCUUUGAACAAUGCAUCUAGCUUAUUUUAUUCCUGGUUAAAUGGAACAAGUCCAUCUGUAAAUCUCCGGCUCUUGGUAUAUCGCUAUGGGAUGCAGAACUCCGGCAAUGAGACAUCAUGGAACUAUAUGUUUCAGAAAUACCAAAGUACUUCAUUAGCUCAAGAAAAAGAAAAGCUGCUCUAUGGUCUGGCAUCAGUGAAGAACAUCACCCUUUUGGACAGGUAUCUAAAAUAUAUUUACAACACCAGUCUUAUUAAAAGUCAGGAUGUGUUCACUGUCCUGAGAUACAUCUCCUAUAACAGCUAUGGCAAAACCAUGGCUUGGGACUGGAUACGGCUCAACUGGGAAUACUUAGUCAGCAGAUACACAAUCAAUGAUAGAAAUCUUGGUCGAAUAGUAUCAAUAACCCAAACAUUCAACACUGACCUUCAGCUUUGGCAGAUGGAAAAUUUCUUUGAAAAAUACCCUAAUGCUGGAGCAGGAAAAGCACCCAGGAAACAGGCUCUCGAAACAGUAAAGAAUAAUAUUGAAUGGCUAAAACAAAACAAGGGAGAGAUAGAAGCAUGGCUAACAACUUAA